ACGGCUAGUCGUUAUCGAGUACUCUGACUGAAAAUGUUUAUUUUACUCUUACUUUUUCCAUAUCUGUGAAAGGCUGCAAGUUUCUAGCUAUUUUCUCACAUAACAUUCUCUUUAUCUUCCAAAAAAAAUGUCAGGAUCUCAGUGCUGCGAGAAUCCACCAACACUGAGCUCUGGGUAUGGAGCCGGGUCUAUAACUGAAAUUGGAGGUCUCAAAACAUACAUUACUGGACCUUCUGAUUCCAAUCGUUCAGUUGUUCUCAUCUCUGAUAUUUUUGGAUAUGAGGCACCAAACUUGCGGAAGCUCGCUGAUAAAGUUGCAGCUGCGGGAUUCUAUGUGGUGGUGCCUGACUUUUUCAAGGGAGACCCUUAUGUACCUGAAAAUGCUGACAGGCCAAUACCAGUUUGGAUAAAGUCCUAUGGAACAGAUAAAGGUUAUGAAGAUGCAAAGCCGGUUAUUGCUGCUUUAAAAAGUAAAGGCAUAUCAGCAAUAGGAGCAGCAGGAUUCUGCUGGGGUGCCAAGGUGGUUGUAGAUCUAUCAAAGUCCGAUCACAUUCAAGCUGCAGUGAUUUUACAUCCUGCCCUAGUCACCGUAGAUGAUAUUAAAGAGAUCAAGGCUCCAAUUGCUGUCUUGGGAGCUGAAUAUGAUCAGGUCGCCCCCCCUGCACUUCUCAAACAGUUUGAAGAAGUUCUAUCUGCAAGGUCCGAGAUUAACGGCUAUGUCAAGAUAUUUCCUGGUGCUCCACAUGGAUGGAGCGUCCGGUAUGACGCAGAAGAUGAAAGGGCGGUCAAAAGUGCUGAAGAAGCUCAAAUAGAUAUGCUGGACUGGUUUGCUGAGUAUGUCAAAUGAAAGGAUUGACGUCUAUGGUUUUCCAAAUCAAUCUCAAAUAGACUAUAAUCAUGUACCAUCCCAAUACAAUCUCUUAAACGUGUAACUGAACAUGAAUGAGUAUUAUAAAUAAACUUUUGAUUGUUAA